AUGUGGUCUAAGAAAUUGAUUAAUGAUAGUGAUGGACGACAAUAUCCAUUUUAUAAUAUUAACCAUAGUUUAUAUAAUAUUAAUAAAGGAUUAGUUAAAAAAUUAACACUUAAUUUAUAUAUUAAAGAUUAUUUUCAUCCUUCAGUUGUCUGGAAAUUACCUUUCUCUAAUGAUAUACAUUUAACAGAGAUAAAUAGAAAACAAAAAUUUUUUAUAUGGUUAAUUAUUAUUAAAUAUGAUAAAAAAUAUUCAUAUAAAGAUGAAAUAACUGUACUUAAAAAGAUAAGAUGGGAGUAUAAUUUAUAUAUGAAAAUUGAUUCAUAUAUGCCAUUAGGUAAUCGUAUACGUGAAAUUUAUGAUAUACAAAAUAAUCAAAUAAUUAUUAUGAAUCCAGAGAAAUUGUAUAAAUUACCAAUUGUAGCAACAUUUCCACCACAUUGUAAUGCUCUACAAUCAUUAAUAUGGUAUCCUAAAGAUGUACAUAAAUCACCUCGUAUACUUGUUCCACCGAAACAAAUUAUUGUUUCAUGGGAUGAAUGGGUAUAUGAUAUGCUUGGAUCAAAUAUUAGAAUUUGUAAACCUAAUGAAGUUUCAGUAAUUGAAUAG